UUGUAUAGAUUUCAAUGAAUACUCUUUCUGUACUAGUGUUUCCGUAUAUUUUUAUAUUUCUUAAAAUCAUAAGUUAAAACAAUACAAUACAAUAUAUUCGAUAAAUUACAAAAUAUCGCACAUUGCGCCAAAUUUGAUCUCGCUCUCUUCUAAUCCUCCUCGAAUUCUUUAAUGCUAUUAGAAGGAAAAAAAUGCUGCUUGUCUUUGCAUCUUUAGAAACAUGACACAUGCAGCGCGUUACGUGGAUGCGAUAAUGAAUGAUUCGUUUCAAGGAUGCGUGCGUGUAUGCGUGCACGCUGCGCGCAUGCGUAUGUCGAGUGUAAACUCGACGAGAGAUGACGUAGAAGAAGUGCCCAAGUGUAACCUUGAUCCGCGCGCAUCGAUGUCCCUCCCUCUCCCCCUUACUCUCAUCGAUAUUGUCCUCCGCUCUCCUCUCCUCGUCCUCCCCUCUCCAUCGAUAUAGUAUUUCGUUCAAACCGUGCCCCGCUCCCGAGCCGUAUAUAUAUGUACGUAUGUACACAAAAAGGUCAUAAGCAAACGAUACGCGUCUCGAAAAUAUUUCGCGGCGUUCCUCGCGAGAUAAAUACAAAAGGCAGAGGCUGGAACUCGAAGCGAUGCGGUACACGUCAUUUUCCCCGUGAAUAAAAUCACGAGGAAGAGAGACGGUGGAGAGGAGGGAGGGAAAAAGAUAGAUCGGCGAGAGAGAGAGAGAGAGAAAGAUCGCGGAACGGGGAAGCGGCGUGGCGAGGAGUAUUAUCGAUUCGCCGGGGCUCGUGAGUUAACGGUUUGUUUACACGACCGCCGUGACGGAGGGGCGCCGGGUAGGCAGAGUGGGACAGGCAACGCGCAUGCGCCGCCCGACCAAAACAAUAAUAACAGAGUAGAAGGUUCAUGGCUGGCGGACGCAAACGGACGACCGCUCGUUCUUCGCUCUUUCGAACUCGUUCAAGCCUGUCGUAGGCUCCGCUCGUGUGCGCCAGAGAACCUGCUUGUCGCGCGAAACAAUAAGUCACGACGGCGGACGCGAAACAAGAGAGAGAGAAAGAGACAGAGGAGAAAACGCGAGGCGACAUUUAACAAUUAACGCGCCGUGUGUGUACAUUCUGUUAUACGAGUGUGUGUUGACAGUCCGAUACCUGUCAACAUUUCCCUUGACGGGAGAUAAAUCGUAAAUUACCUCGAGGCGAGGACUAUCAAGACUCGAAAUCUGUGAGAAUAGUGCCGGUAAUCAAUUCAUACUCGGGCCGAAACUAUACGAGGCGUGCCUGCUUCGAUUAGUUUCGCAACCCCGUGAGAAACGAGAAUAAUCGGCGUACGGAAUUGUAAUAACUACCUCGAUAAAAAUAAGAGAUACAAGGUGUAGUAAGACAUUCUUGAACUUUCUGCGAUAUAUAUAUUUCAUUCGAAAGUGGGAGUGCGAGAGGUACUAUCUUUCCGAGUCGAGGCGAAUCAUCGGCUCGCUCUCACCGCGCGGAUUCUCCCCUUUCUCUCCCCUGGUGCGUUACCUCAUCGGAGCGGGGUCGAUGCGUGUGUGCGCGUUGUGCAAUUCGUCUCACUGAUUCGUCGUCGAGGAGAGAAAGAAAGAAAGAGAGAGAGAGAGAGAGAGAGAAAGAGAGAGAGAACGUCGAGGAUUCGGGUAUUCGAUCGUCUCUGGAAGCAAAACAAUGCGCUGCUGGUGGUAGCGUCUCUCCACUCGAGUGUGUGCGUGCAUAUACGUGUACGUGUACACGUACCUGCUGCGCGGCGCGCUAGUGUGCGUUUGUUUAUGCGCGUAGAUUAGCCGCGCGACAUUCAUUCAACAGUCAGACGCGCCUCGACGCACGACUCGUCGUCGUCGUCGUCGUCAUCGUUGUUUCGAAAGCAAGCGCACGUUAAGUGAAAGAGAGUGUCGUCCCGCGUAUUUAUUCGGUGAAUCACGCGCGUCCCGUCCGAUUACGCACGGCUGGAACGCGUCGCCGGAUACGACAUAUAUAUACGCCACUGUCGUAUAUUAUUGUUGACGUGUCGGCGACGGGAGAGGGAGAGCGACUCGCGUUAAUUAUCGGAGAGCGACAACGGCAGUGUCCUUUCAUCGUGGGAGAAGGAGAAGUAGGCUCGCAGUUUUCCUCAUUCGGAAGAAAGUCUUUCCGCUAUUUUUCAAUUGUUGACAACUGUUUUUCCGCAGGAACAAGUCGCACGCAGUGUUUUCUAUUCCUCUCUGUUUACCUUCACGAUCCGUCCGUAUUGUUGUGUUGUCGACGAGAGAACGUCGACCCACGAUACAUCGGUAGAAAGAGAGAGAGAGAGAGAGAGAGAGAUUUAUCAGCGCGGAAAGAAAAGGACGACGCAACGUCUAAGACUAGAAAGAGAGGGAACAACAACAACAACAAUAACAACACAGGGAGAAACCCCCGUCCAGAUUUCCGUUGCGUAUUUACUACCAAGCGGUGGUAAGCUUGCAGCUCAAACAUCCGUGUUCUCGGAAAAACAUAGACAGUGAGAAGAUGCCGAGUGCCGAGGAGACGACGUAUCUGAUCGGAGUGAUGCCGGACGGCGCGGCGCAGGCGGACGCAUUCCUGACGCGCGACGUCGACCUGCUGGUGUCGCAGAUCAAGGAAAAUCUGCGGCUGUCCAGCCUGAAGGCCAAGUCCAGCGUUAGUCAUAAGAACAGCCGACCCUCGCCGUACCGGAUACCGGCGCGUUCCUGGGCAGACCCGGCGGCGGGUUGCGAGGUUUGCGGCCUGCGAUCCAGCAGCCAAUCUCACCAACAGCAGAAUCACGUAACCGCCGGUCACCAUCAUCAUUAUCACAGCCACCUGAAGAGGACCGAGAGGAACAGGGUGGACGACGACCCGUACGAGGUGCUGCAGGAGUUGCUGCGCGAGGGCGGCCUCAUCAAGGAGGCGGUCAAGAGGCUGCAAGCGAACCUCGACGAGUUCUCGAGCUCGGAGGUGGACGAAGACGAGGAGGUGGACGACGAGGACGAGCGACGAUCCAACGGCGGUUACCGUAGGAAACCGUAUUUCUACGAUUCCGAGGACGAGCCUCUACCGCCGAUGUACGAGCCCCUGGAACUGUGAGGUGUGCGGCGGGAGUGCUCGAAAAAAAUUCUCUCCGACUUUACUUUAUUAUUGUUCUCAUCGUGAAUGGUACCUUUGAAUACUACUCUUUUGAAAACUUUACAGACGUUUCUCCCGAAAUGGUCCGUUUUCCUUUGUGAUUUGGGGCGACAAACUGUUCAGAAAAGUGGCUCGAGAGAGGGCGAGGAAACACGAAGACGCGCGUUUUCUUCGCGUCUCUCGGCGGAAGAAAAACGUGGGAGUCAACGCGAGGCGUAUAGCUGGUGAGAAGCGCGAGCGCGUAGAUACAAUUAGGCGAGAACUCGCCUUACAUGGCCGUGUUUGUAAAUACGCUGCGUUGUCGGCGCUGCGCGUUAAAGCUCGCUUCGUAAUGCCUCGGCCGAGAUCGCCGUCGUCUCGUAUCGACGCUCGACGCGGGCCUACGUGGAAGACUUAUGGCCGCGCCGCCACUCACUCCAUGCAAGACGCGAGCGUACGCGGAGAUGUUCCUUUCCCGUAACAUAACAUUGCUCUGUACUGUGUUAACGAUAUAUGUCGUAUCUCGAGUAGAUAAAUAUCGCUGGCGAUAAUUAUUAAUUUUGUUAACGACAACUCGAUAGUCGAUUAUUACUCACAAUCAGAAUCCGUAUACGAAAUGUUUUCAGAACUCUGUUGAUUAUGUUUGUUGACAUUUCAGAUUAUCGAAAAAUAUCGCUGGCGAUAAUCCAUACACAAGGGAUGUAUUUCUUUGUAUAUUGCUUUUAAAAAAUAUCGUUUUUUUAUAGUAUUAUUUUUUUGAGCGAUACGUUUUCGAUGUUUAUUAAAAUAUGUAUACCGACAAUAUUGUUAUCACAGUAUAGACUUCAACAGCUGAUUCGUUGCGAAUUCUUGAUUAUUGCUUCAAGUACUAAAUGAAUUUUUGUAGAUACAGAGAAGAAAGAUUAAAAAAU